CAUUUUAUUUUAUUUGGCAUAUAAAAAAUUUACUUGUUUUGAGUGGACGAUCUGUGUCACUAUUUGCGUUUUAACGGCUAAUUUGAUAGAAAAAUAACGAAAACAUUAUAAACAUUUUACGGCAAUCAUAAUUAAACGAUAAUAUUUUAUCAAUUCCUUCUAGAUCUGUGUUAACGUUUUGUUAUGAUUGGAUAGUAGACAUCCUUGGGAUAUCGUUUGUUGAAAUUGAAAGUGGUGAUUUUAAUAAUCCUCAAUCAUGGAAUCUCCAAGACAAUCUGAGUCAGAGUCAUUGGAUUAUUGGAGAAAACAAGCUAAACAUUAUGAACAAAAGGCAAUUGAAUUUCAACAAGAGUUAGACGAAUACACCGAAAACUCAGCACAACUCGAAAAGGAACUGGAAGCUUCGUUGGUACAAGUUGAAAAACAGAACAGAGAUCUAGAACAUCAAAACCAGCGGCUCAAAACUGAAAUUGAAAUGUUAAAAAACAAAUUAGAGAGGAGUCAACAUGAAACAAAUGUAUUAGAAAGUGAACUACAGGCAUUAAAAAUUGAAAAAAAUAAACAAGCUGUUUAUGUAAGAGAAUUGGAGCAAAAAAAUGAUGACCUGGAAAGAGGUCAAAGAGUAAUAUCAGAAUCAGUUUCGUGUAUUGAAACUUUGUUAAACCAGGCAUAUGAAAGGAACGCUGUUUUAGAAAGUGAAGUGGAUGAAAUAGAGAAUUUAAGAGUUAAAUUGCAGAGAGCAACAGAUGAAGCCCGAGAUCUGAAGCAAGAGCUUAAAGUAGUAGAAAGAAUACCAACACAUAAGAAAGAAGAUGGUAGUCCCAAUGAGAAUAAAGUAGUUAAUGGUCACAUUUCAAAUUCCAACAGAAGUCAAGUUGAAAUAGACACACAAAUCCUUUCGUCACCACAAAAACGAGAAAUAAAUGGAAAUGCAAUGACUCCCUCAGCUCGAGUAUCAGCCAUAAAUAUAGUAGGCGAUCUUCUGCGGAAAGUAGGGCUUGAAAGGUUUCUUUGCCGUGAUUGUGGUAAAGUCAAAUGCUCAUGCAAUGCACCUGCUGCUGCUGAAAAUGACCAUUUAGCGCCAGCUGGUGAAUCCAGCAUCAAGAAUAACAAUGCUAUAGAUGAUUCUAUAGAAUACCGCAAACAAAUUAAACAAAAUAUAGAUACUAAAAAUGGUGAUAGUGGAUCGGAACGAUCAUCUUACACAAACGGACAGUCUACAAUUGAACCGUUCACAAGGUCUGUGUCGGGAGAAAAUGGAAAAUUAAGAAGAUCAUUUGCCGUACGGUCCAGGGAAGGAAUUGAACAUAUUUUGAAUUUUGCGUCAAUAAGAAAAGGAACGGAUCAAGGAAAAUCAAAACAAGUCAUAAGACAAUGAUAUAUAUUAAUUAACUAACCGAAUUCAUUUCCACUUUGUAUAGAUAAUUUACUGAAAUGAGUCAAUUUAUACAAAUGUUGUUUAAUAUCAUAUUGUUAAUAUCUUAUUAUUAUAACUCGUUAUAAACUAUUUGUUAUUAAUUGCGUUGGUAUGAAUCAUUAAAAGCACAGUAGCUGCACAUUUCCAAAUUAACAACUUAAAUACGUACAUACCUAAUUAAGUAUAAAUAGAUAUUAAUAAUUGUAUUUAAGUACAUUAACAUAAAUGGUGCAAAAGAUGUCAAAUAUCAAAAUUAUCUCUGGUAGCUUAGAAUUUAAUUCUAUAACCAAUUAAAAUUAGGGAAGAAAAAUAUGGUAGAUUAUAGUCUUAUUCCAAUAUUAAUUAAUAGUUCUCAAUAAAAUGUUAUUGUAUAGGUACAAAAUAAUACAUUAAAUCUGAUAGUAAUAUAAGCUCAAAAAUACAAAGUCAGACGAGUAGUGAUGAAUUUUUUGUUUUCGGUUCCGUAUUUAUAUUCGUUUAAUAUUUAUUUUGCCUACAAAUCUAUUCUAGGAUUUUUAGUAUAUAUUAGACGUUGAUGAACUCAAUAAAUGCAAUGUCAAUGAUAUUUUAUUAUAUUAAUUUUACUUGUAGACAAAUUAUCAAUUUAAUUUUUAAAGUUGUCAAUUAUAAAAUACGCUAAAGGUCUAACCUUGAUUUAGUUCUUGAUUUAUUUGAUAUGAAGCCAUUCGAAACCUCGGCUCAAUUCCAAUUCAAACAUGCAGCCUUUUUAUGACAAUUUUUGGUUUCAGUAACAUAUUUUUUUAUCUAUUCUGAAAAUAGAAACACCCAAUACAUUGCAUUCCACAGACCUGCAAUCCAUAGCUCGAUUCCUCUUGGACUAAGUAGGUACAUUUAAUUAGCGUUAGUUAAAACGAAAAUACAUUGUUUUAAAAACUAUAUUAAUGUAAAAUACUACUUAUCUCUACAUAUGGAGUGAGAUUACGGUAUCUUAUUCCACUCAAUGGUAUAUUUUAUAUUUUUCCCAAUCUUAAUAAUAGAGCUAUCUUGAAGACUGUGGCGGAAUUAUCCUGUACAAUUCAAUACAAUGGUUUUGAACAAUGGUUCACAGUCAUUAUAAUGUUUUUGUCGAUACAAAAUGUAACUUUAUUAUAAAAAAAGAUACUCCAAGUUUGUUGCCAUAGGCUUCAGUUUACUCAGCCUGCUUGUAAAUGUUAUUUAUUAGCUUUAUAGUGUCCCUUAAUUUAAAAAACUCGAUAUAGGAAUUUUUAUCUGCGACUUCAGAUAGGUCAUUCUCAGAAGAAUCAUAUAUACUUGCCAACAGUCACCAUGUACAUUAAUGUUCUAUUGAUUCAAAUUCCUCAUUAAAAUUUUUUUCAUAAAGCAUUUGAAGCUAUAGUAAUGUUCAAUGCACGCCGGUACGUAGGUAGGUGCUAAUUAAAAAAAAUAUUAUAGUAGUUGAAAUUUAUAUACUUAUAAAAUUAAUAUAAUUUCAUGCAUAGAUUUUUAUAAAAGUAUGAAAACUCGUAAACAAAAACGUUAUUAGCAAAAAUGUUUCUUUUAGAUCUAUCAAUAUAAUAACAUAUUUUUAAUUUAAUUGUCCGUGAAUUUGAAACCUGGCACAUUCAGUCAGUUAUAAAAUAUUAAUGUAAAUUUUCUGUUUUAUUUCUGAAUACUAAUACAGUAUUCAGAUAUAAAACAGGAUUUCCAUACUCUCCAUAAACUACUUAUUUAUCUUUCGUGUCGCCCUAUAGGUGUGGGACGACUCUGCGUAAUUAUUUCAUGACAUCAUCUGUAUGACAUAACAUGAUUAUUACCAUUAACUCACUGGAUCCAUCUUAAAACUGUGGAACGAAAUUAUAUUUAGAAACAGCUUUGGAAUCAAAAUUAGCAUCGUGUCGUGGUACAGUUAGACCUAAAGAACAUUCACCAAAUUCAAGCUCAGACGUGAAUAAGGACUACAGGUGUGUACUCAAGAACUAAGCAUGCCGAAUAUCGUCUCACCUUGUCUCCACUCUCUGCAAAAUGCAGCCUAGCUUAUUUUAUGUAAAGCUACGUCAGCAGUUUUAUUAAUAGCUUCGUGGUAUAGUCUCGCUGAUUGUGAACCUUAUGUACUGUGAUCAAAAUCACAUUUUCCUAAUUUACGAAUGUCUGUGAUCGUAAUGAAACACUUAGGAUUGGUUAAUUAAUGUAAUAGUAACUUUUGGCCUACCCACCGGCAACCACUAUGAGUUGAAAAAAUAUAUAGCUGCUUAUUUCACAUAUAAGCACCUAUGGAUAUGUAAUUAAAAAUAUAAAACGCAGUAUCCAAAAUAUCUUGUAUAUAUAAACACGAGAGAUUAAUCUUUUAUAAAUGCAUUACUGGAAUGUAACAAAUAAAUUCAAUACAAUGAUUUUUGUGUUGCCAGUAGAGUAUACGAGUAGGAAUCAACAUGAACUAACCUUUAUUUUUAAUUUUACUUAUUACCUAUUUGAUUUAUAAGUUCAUGCAUUCCAGGAGUUUAUCAAUAUACCAUUACAUUUAUAUGCAACAUUGAUAUGCACCUGGUACAUGUCUAUUGGUGGAUAUAAAUAUUUUGGAAGGUACUUUUGUAAAUAAUUAGAUGAAGAAACGUGUAUAAAUCGUUGAUAAUACAAAAAUUUUAUGAGAUAUCGAUUAUAUAUAUUUAGAUAUGGUUAUUUUUUGUAAUUUGCAAUAAUAUAAUGUUCAUCAUUAUCUUAUAAAAUAUCAUAGCGAAUAUUCUAAAAUGGCAAUUUAUAUUCUUGUAUAGUAUUCAAGUAAAUACUUUGAGCAUGACUCCAUCCAUUGUGCGCGUAUUAAUAUAUAGUGGCAUCGUUUUAAAACAGGCCUAUAUGUUACAAGUAUUACCUAAAUUAUUUUUCAUUUGUAUCUAACCAUUAUUUAUUAACAAAUUGUUCUGUGAAUGAUCGUUGGCAUGGCAUUACUAACAUUGUGUUAAAAUACGCACUGCAACACAUCUAGUGACCGAUUUUUCAAGUUUAAUUAGAAUAUUUGAUAAUGAAACUCAAUAAAUUCUCCAAUUAAAAGGACCAAUAAUGUGCGGCAUCAUAGCAUAAUCGCACAUGUUGGAAGGCAUUGGGGAAGGCUUUAUAUCCAGUAGCAGAUAGAUAUAAGCUGAAAUGAUGAUGAUCACAAUAACAAAUAUAUCUUGCCCUACUAAUUAAGUAAUAAACUGCACUGUAUCAAUGUUAGUUAUUUUUUUAUACCAUUUGCCAAGGGGGUUAUAUCUCUAUUGGAUUAGUUUGAAUAAAAAAUAGUAGCAUAAUUUUUUACGUGUCGCUGUACCUAGAGGUAUAAAGUUUAAUGUAGCACCCAUACAGAAUACUUAUAAAAAUUGUCUCUAAUUUUAAACUCAGAAAAAUACUAUGAAUAUAGGUAUGUUGUAGUAUAUUAAUUGUGCGUGGUGACAGAGUUUAUAAUGUCAUAAUACAAAUAUAAUGUUAAAAUCGUUAUGAUAUUAAUUUUUAAAAGCAUUGUAAUAGACACUUGAGGUCUUUUGUCUAUAAUUGACCACUACUAGCAUGCGAAUUGUAUUUGGUGAAGACUCAAUUAUAUUCGAGUAGGUUUAGUUGGUCUUCGACAGUUUUAUUAUUUGUUUUAUAUACAAUUUCCGCAGAUUGCAGCAAAACAGAUUUUUUUAUAGUGUAUAAAUAAAAAUACCUUAUGCUAAAUUAUCUAUGCAUUUAUACAUUCACGUGUGUGGUGACCAAACUGUUUUAAUUUGUGCGCAAUAAAUGAUAAACAACAUAAGA